AUUCCCCUUGACUGUGAACGCACCAUUCUCCAUCUUCCUCUGAACAGGGAAGGGACCAACCUGCGUCCUGCUGCACCCCAUUGAAAUUUGUCUGUUACUUAUUCUAGAAGACCACAAACACCAUCAUCAUGACAGACUCCAAAUAUUUCACUACCAACAAAAAGGGGGAGAUCUUUGAGCUGAAGGCCGAGUUAAACAAUGAGAAGAAAGAGAAGAGGAAAGAGGCAGUAAAGAAGGUCAUCGCUGCCAUGACUGUUGGCAAAGAUGUCAGUUCUUUGUUCCCAGAUGUGGUGAACUGCAUGCAGACUGACAACCUGGAGCUGAAGAAGUUGGUCUACCUCUACCUGAUGAACUAUGCCAAAAGCCAACCUGACAUGGCCAUCAUGGCUGUGAACAGCUUUGUCAAGGAUUGUGAGGACCCCAACCCUCUGAUCCGGGCCCUGGCUGUCCGCACCAUGGGCUGCAUACGGGUGGACAAGAUCACAGAGUACUUGUGUGAGCCGCUAAGGAAGUGUCUGAAGGAUGAGGACCCAUAUGUGAGGAAGACAGCAGCUGUUUGUGUGGCAAAGCUGCAUGACAUCAAUGCCCAGAUGGUGGAAGAUCAGGGUUUCCUGGACUCUCUGAGGGAUCUCAUCGCUGACUCAAACCCCAUGGUUGUUGCCAAUGCAGUUGCUGCUUUGUCUGAGAUCAGCGAGUCUCACCCUAACAGCAAUUUGCUGGACCUGAAUCCCCAGAACAUCAACAAGCUACUGACUGCCCUCAAUGAAUGCACAGAGUGGGGACAGAUUUUCAUCCUAGACUGCCUGUCCAACUACAACCCCAAGGAUGACCGAGAGGCUCAGAGCAUCUGUGAGCGUGUCACUCCUCGGCUGUCUCACGCCAACUCAGCAGUGGUUCUGUCCGCUGUAAAGGUCCUGAUGAAGUUCUUGGAGCUCCUGCCAAAGGACUCUGACUACUACAACACAUUACUGAAGAAACUGUCUCCCCCACUCGUUACUCUGCUGUCUGGAGAGCCAGAGGUCCAGUAUGUGGCUCUGAGGAACAUCAACCUGAUUGUUCAGAAAAGGCCUGAGAUCCUAAAGCAGGAGAUUAAAGUGUUCUUUGUCAAGUAUAACGACCCGAUUUAUGUGAAGCUGGAGAAACUGGACAUCAUGAUCCGCUUGGCCUCUCAGGCCAACAUUGCCCAGGUUUUGGCUGAACUGAAGGAAUAUGCCACAGAGGUAGAUGUUGAUUUUGUGCGUAAGGCAGUACGAGCCAUCGGACGCUGUGCCAUCAAAGUGGAGCAAUCAGCUGAGCGCUGUGUCAGCACUCUGCUGGACCUGAUCCAGACAAAGGUCAACUAUGUGGUUCAGGAGGCUAUUGUGGUCAUCAGGGACAUUUUCCGCAAGUACCCUAACAAAUAUGAGAGCAUCAUCGCCACGCUGUGCGAGAACCUGGACUCCCUGGAUGAACCUGAUGCUCGAGGUGCCAUGAUCUGGAUCGUCGGAGAGUACGCCGAGAGGAUCGACAACGCUGACGAAUUGCUCGAGAGCUUCCUCGAGGGUUUCCACGAUGAGAGCACUCAGGUACAACUCACUCUUUUGACUGCCAUUGUGAAGCUGUUCCUGAAGAAACCAUCAGAAACUCAGGAGCUGGUACAGCAGGUCCUCAGUCUGGCCACGCAGGACUCUGACAACCCAGACCUCCGUGACAGGGGCUAUAUUUACUGGCGCCUGCUGUCGACUGACCCUGUGACGGCCAAAGAGGUGGUGCUGUCAGAAAAGCCCCUGAUCUCCGAGGAGACUGACUUGAUUGAGCCCACGCUGCUGGACGAGCUGAUCUGCCACAUCGGCUCCCUGGCCUCAGUCUAUCACAAGCCGCCCAGCGCCUUUGUGGAGGGAAGUCAUGGAAUCCACCGGAAGCACCUUCCUGUCCAGCACAGCAGUAUUGAUACAGGCGAGAGCCCUGUGAGCAGUGGUCCACCUGCCGCCAUGGACCAGCCACAUGUGAUUCCCAGCCAGGGUGACCUUCUGGGUGACCUGCUAAACCUUGACCUGGGCCCUCCUGUCAAUGUUCCCCAAGUCUCCUCCAUGCAGAUGGGUGCAGUGGACCUUCUGGGUGGAGGCCUUGACAGUUUGCUUGGGGGAGACCUGGGCGGAGGUGUUGGGGGAAGUCCAGCAGUGGGACAAAACUUCAUUCCGUCAUCCGUCCCCAGUACUUUUGCUCCGUCACCAACUCCUGCUCCUCCAGCAGUCAGCAGUGGCCUCAAUGACCUGUUUGAGCUUUCCACAGGCAUGGCCAUCACCACCGGAGGCUUCGUAGCCGCAAAAGCAGUGUGGCUUCCUGCAGUAAAAGCUAAGGGACUAGAAAUCUCUGGAACAUUCUCCCGCCGCCAGGGCCACAUGUACAUGGACAUGCUGUUCACCAACAAGGCACUGCAGCACAUGAAUGACUUUGCCGUCCAGUUCAACAAAAACAGUUUUGGUGUGAUUCCCACUAGUCCUCUGCCCAUUCACACUCCACUGAUGCCCAAUCAGAGUAUCGAGGUCUCCCUGCCUGUUAACACCAUUGGGCCUGUUAUGAAAAUGGAUCCGCUCAAUAAUCUGCAGGUGGCCGUAAAGAACAACAUUGACGUGUUCUACUUCAGCGUCCUGAUCCCUCUGAAUAUAUUCUUUGUUGAAGAUGGAAAAAUGGAGCGACAGGUGUUUCUGGCUACCUGGAAGGACAUUCCCAAUGAGAAUGAACUCCAGUACCAGAUCAAAGAUUGUCACCUUAAUGCUGACACAGUGUCUGGCAAACUACAGAAUAACAACAUCUACACCAUUGCCAAAAGAAACGUGGAAGGCCAGGACAUGCUGUACCAGUCGCUCAAGUUGACCAAUGGCAUUUGGAUCCUGGCUGAGCUCCGCAUUCAACCAGGGAACCCCAAUUAUACGCUCUCUCUGAAGUGUCGGGCCCCUGAAGUGUCUCAGUACAUCUACCAGAUGUAUGACUCCAUCCUGAAAAACUGAGCUCAUGGCUUCUGUCCUCCUUCCUGAAAAGUGGCUGUUUAUUUUCUGUGCUUGAAACCGACUGCCAGAACAAGAGAAUUAAAAUAGUAAAUGAGAAACGAUCAUCUGAAAGGUUAGGUGCAUUUUCACUUUGAAAAGUCAUUUUUCAAUCAGUUGAAAUUAUUGUGGUUGACAUAUUUGCAUUUUCCGUUGUUUUGGCAGUCUGGAAUCGAUGAUUAUAUCUGAGUACACUCCCUGUUUAUGCUUGUGUCCUAGUAAAAACACAUUAAUCAUUCCAUCCUUAACUCGGUGUUCAUGUUGUGAUUGAUGGUGAAACUGUCCUGCCUUUCUUUGUUUCCUCUGCUUUAAAUCUUCCUUUCUUUUGGAUCUGCAUGUAGAAUACUUGCUUAAUUGCUUGCCAUUAUUUUUGUGAAGCAUCACAAGAAUCACAGUACACACACAAAGCACAUAUUAAAUAGGUUCACCAAAAAGUGUCAAGCAUUUAGAGGCAAACGGUAAUAUUUUUUACUUGCAGAAAACAAAUUGUUGCAAAAAGGCAAAUGUUAGAGAAAACGAAGAAUUGAGUUGAAUAAGAUCUCGACCUCUAAGUCAGAUAUAUUGACUACAACUGGGUGUUUGGUGCUUGUUCUCUGCUGCCAUUUGUUUGAUCUAAAUAGUGAUGAAUUAAAAGUUAGUUUUUAUGCAGAUGAUGUUUAGAUUAUAUGCCUCAUAUCAAACUUUUGUCCAGCAGCCUGUUGGUAAUUUCAGCGUUUAGUUCAUGCCUGAUAAACAUCUUUAAUCUAAAAGACAAAAAGCAUCUUCUUAAUUUGACCGUUAAAAUAAUCACAGUAGCUGUUUUUCCCAUACAUUUUCAUUAUAAAUAUUGUUGAAAUGCCUUUUUUUCCUCCAAGCAUCUGUGCGUGGCUUUGACUUCGUUAUUCCGAGUUCAUCAAGUAUCUACCUCCAUGUUUUCUUUUCUUUGUUUCUGUAAUGUGCAUUAUUUAUCCGUUUUCUCUUUUGAAUUCUGAUCUUGUUGUAUUCAUGCCAGUUAAAGGUUGUAACGAGCCAACCAGCCAAAAUCCAGCUCACAGGACCAAGUGUUCACUGAACUGAAAUGCCAGGUUUAUGUUUUAAUAAUGUCUUGUCCUCAUGAACUAAUAUCAGCAUUGUGUGGUUUUUGCACCCUCAGGCACAGAGCUGUUGUGUGGUACAAUAGUUAUUAGUGUAUGUUGUGUAGCGAAUACAAAGCUUUUAUCACACUGAAUUUAAAUAAAGAAUUCCCUCUAUCUAUUCCACAAAUGCAGAUGAAUUUUGCAGUUUUAUUUAUUAUAUGUGCGUUUUGUCUUUACACAUUGUAAUAUGUGAGACAGCAUGAGCCCUGGGCAAUUUUACAUGAAAUCUUUUUGAAAAUCAAGCUAGAAAUGAAUUGGCAUAACUUUAACACUGUCUUGCAUGGAUCUGUUGUAGCAGCGUUUCAAAGCCCAUUAGCUUUGGUGGAGCUGGCAGUUCAUCAGUCCAAAUCUGAAGUUUGUAAGUUCAACCCUCACACAGGGCUUGUUCUCUAUUUCCUCUCCUGAGUUCACAAGCUGCUCAAGCCGUUGCCAUUUGUUUUGUAAUGAAAAUGUUAUAAUGUGUUCCUCACUCCUCUUCUGCUUUUGAUAUUUCUACAUAGUCUUAUGAGAUUGGUCAAGCUGCUCUCACAUACUCUUCUACAGUAUCAUAUAACAGCAGGGGAAGCUCCUUGAUCCUGGACACUGUCUAGUGUUUCUUCCCCAGUGUAGAACUUAUCUGCAUGAAAGAUCAGACCAUCUGUGUUCUGCUCCACAGAAUUGAUGGUACAUCAUAAUCUGAUUCACACCUCUAGUCCAAUCAAGUAUCCCUUCUCUGACCAGAACCCAUAAAAGGAAGCCAGAUCCACUGUUGGUCAGAGCAGACUGACGGACUGACCGACUCCUUUCUCUCUGUAUUUCUGUUCUCACCUUGCAAGGUUUUAAUAAAUGUCUUCUUUUCUUCUCA